CCAGUUGCGACAUCAGCUGCUAAUAGAGGUGAAGAGGUGGGUGUAACACUCUGCUCUUACCUCCGCCUUUCAUUCACUGAGAAGAUCGUCAGAGUUGGAGCUGGGCAGCACAAAACUCAAAGAUGAGCAACACUGAAACAAACAUGAAAGGCAUCACUGCUACUCUCCACCUGAAUGGCAUCCCUCCAGACAGGCUCAAUGAGGUAAUGAAGCACUUGAAGCCUUUCCAUCUUUCUCUAGAGAAGCUGAAUGAAGUUUCUGCUCGAUUCCGGAAAGACAUGAUCCGAGGUCUGGGGAAACACUCGCAUCACAGAGCGGCCGUCAAGAUGCUGCCCACCUUCGUUAGAGCUACACCGGACGGGACUGAGAAAGGAGACUUCCUGGCUCUAGAUUUGGGUGGAACAAACUUUCGGGUGCUACAUGUCAGAGUGAUGGAGGAGGAGCAGAAAAUGCUGAAGAUGGACAGUCAGAUCUGUGCCAUCCCUCAAGAAAUCAUGCUGGGAACCGGAGAACAGCUGUUUGAUCACAUCGCAGCCUGUCUAAAUGAGUUUCUCGACUCUCAGAACCUGAAAGGACAGACUCUUCCACUGGGUUUCACCUUCUCUUUUCCUUGUGAACAGAAAGAAAUCGACAAGAGCAUCCUGAUCCGCUGGACUAAAGGGUUCAACUGCUCUGGGGUGGAAGGACAGGAUGUGGUGAAGCUACUGAAAGAGGCUAUCCACAGGAGAGGGGACUAUGAUAUCAGUUCAGUUGCCAUGGUGAACGACACAGUGGGUACAAUGAUGAGUUGUGGAUACCGGGAUCAGACCUGCGAGAUUGGGAUGAUCAUUGGAACGGGAACCAAUGCCUGCUACAUGGAGGAAAUGAAGAACGUGAAGCGUGUGGAGGGAGAGGAUGGACGGAUGUGCAUCAACACAGAGUGGGGUGGCUUCGGAGAUGACGGCUCCCUGGAAGACAUCCUGACAGAGUUUGACAAGGUGGUGGACAAGACUUCAAUCAACCCCGGAGUCCACACCUUUGAGAAGAUGAUCAGUGGAAUGUAUUUGGGGGAAAUCGUUCGGCUGGUGCUGGUGAAGCUGGCGGAGAACAAGCUGCUGUUUAAAGGAAAAGUGUCUGAGGCCCUGUGUACUCGAGACACAUUUGAGACAAAGUUCAUCUCUGAGAUUGAGGACCCAGACAGUGGUCUGGAAAAUACCCAAAAGAUUCUGACUGACUUGGGUCUGACGUCGGAUUUGCCUGAUGCCCAUGUGGUGCGACUUACCUGCGAGACCAUCUCCUCACGUUCUGCUUGUCUCUGUGCCGCUGCCUUGGCAACCAUCGCCAACCGUAUUCGUGACAACCAAGGGCUGCCUCAUCUGAAGACUACAGUGGGAGUGGAUGGGACCGUCUACAAAAAACAUCCAAAUUACAGUGACAAGCUCCAGAAAGCAGUGCACCUCCUUGCCCCCAAUUGCGACAUCAAGUUUCUUGUUUCGGAGGACGGCAGUGGGAAAGGCGCUGCCAUGGUUACCGCUGUGGCUCAGCGGCUUGGUCUCCAGUCACGGCUAUUGGAGGAGAGCGAUGGCGAGGAAGAUGAAGAGGCUAACUGAGCACAAUUUAAGACAUAUUCAUUAUUUAACUUGUAUCUGAGAAUGUGUAAAAUCCCUGCUGUACUUUUAUCAAUUUAUAAGUAUUAUGUAAAACAUGAUACUUCAGUAAGAAAUUGACAGGUAGAUUUAUUUUUGCUUCAAAUUUUAUACCAAAAAUAAAGGUGCACAUUAACGAUACUAAUAAAUGUUGAUCCAAUAAUGUGUUUGGAAGAUGGAAAUAUGCACUUAUUAUUGUUGGGCAACUUUUUCCCACCAGGGGGCAUUGCAAUUUUUACUCUAACCUUUAAAACUAGAUGAGUUUAAGUCUUUGUUUCUGUUUUGCUCUGGUUUCCUCCACUUCAAGGCUUUGAAGAUCCCCCCAAAAAACCUUCAUAGAGAAUCCCCCAAGAACUGUGUGAAGACUAAGAAAUGAAAAGGUCUCAGACUGAUUAAUUUGAAUACAUUGAAUAAACAGACGAAAGUUAUGAACAUGCA